ACUUGGAAAGGACUCAGGAAGAUGCAUCUAGUCUUGCUGAUCUGCCUGCUGGCAGGGACCACUGGGAAGAGCUGCCUCCGCUGCUGGCCAGAGCUGCUCACCAUGAUGGACUAUGACCUGCAGGUGCUCUGGGGCAGCCCAGGUCCACCUACAGAACUCUCACAAAGCCUACACUCCUUUUUCCUGGAGAAUAACACCAUACUCUUGCCCUGGUACCUUGCUCGAGACAAUUUGGAUGAGGAAACAGCUACAUUCUUCACCCAAGUAGACAACGCCAUUAAAAAGCUGAGGGAUGAUAAGCCAGCACUGCUUAAAGAGAUUCAGGUUCAGAAGAGUCUCCUGAACAAGAGACUGAAGGAGAAGUCCCAGGACCUGAUGCAGAAGGUCUGCAAUGAGUCAUGUGACAUCCUCUCCGAAAUGGAAGUCACUGCAUGUGCUGACUGCCGGAAGUUCUACCUGUCCUGCAAUGACCCUACCUUGUGCACAGCCAGGGUCACAUGGAGCUACAAGUGGGUUGUGGUCCUUUUCACCAUCCUGAUGCUCCUGGCUGUUGCUGGCAUUGGUGGAUACUUUUUCUGGCUCCAGAAGAGGUCAGUGGAGGCUGAUAAGAGAAGAGACAGCAAGUUACCUCCUUCAGGAAACGAGCAGCAACUAGGGCAGCAACCAGAGCAGCUGCCAGAGCCCAUCCUGUCUGAAAGUUGUCUCUGGUCCUGGUGACUCUCUAUUACACAAAGCACUCCUUCCUGGGGCCUGGAGAGCUCUGAGGCCCUGCAGCUCUGCAAACAAGACUGAUUCUCUCUCUCUCUCUCUCUCUCUCUCUCUCUCUCUCUCUCUCUCUCUCUCUCUCUUUCUCUUUCCCUCCCUUCCUCCCUCUUAAUACAUACUACUUUGUAAAUAGUUAUUAAAAACGUUUUUUCUACAUA